AUGCAAAAAUUAUUAAAGAAGAUCUUAGCAGAAGUAGCAAAAAUCAUUGAAGAACGAAGACUUUUAGAGAAUGUUGUUCCCGUGCCAUCAACGUCCAUGGAUAUCGAUGAGUAUAACCCAUGGACUAUUUUAAAUAAACCUAGUAGGAGCAUCACUGCAUCACUGCAUCAAUCCACUCCACUAUAUGCUGCUAUAAAGGAAAUUGAUAUAUAUCUCGCUAAUGAUAGCUUGCCUAUGAAAUCUGCAGAAGUUCUAAUGGCAUCUCGUAGAAAUACUAGUGUAUUGUGGUACCAUUUUGAAAAAAAUGAUAGUAUGAAAGCAAAGUGUAAUGUGUGCAACCAGCAGAUAAAGUAUAGUUCAACAAGCGCCAAUUUAAAAAGUCAUUUAAAAAGAAAGCAUAUUACCAUAUAUGCUUCGUUGCAAGAAACUGAGGCAGGAAGUUCACAGCAGACUCGUAUUUUACAGUAUAUGAGUAAUUCCGGAGAGGCUAUACCAAGUUCUAGUAGUGCUCAACAACAACCUACAAGUGUGCGUCAAAGGGUAUUCGAGACUUUCAUGACUAAAAAAAUUAGCAGCGAACAGAAAAAAAUGAUUGACCAUGAUUUGAUGGAUAUGUUCAUUGAUAGUUUCCAUGCAUUUUCAUUAGUUGAAGAAAGAGCGUUUAAAAAGUUGAUGCGGUGGAUACCAGGAUAUGUUCUUCCAUCUAGAAAGACUGUUUCAGGAUCCAUGCUCGAGGAGCAACACAACAAGGCAGUUGAAAAUACAAGAGCGGAAGUUUUAGCUGAAGCACAAACUAUUUGCAUAACAUUAGAUGUUUGGACUACUAGGGUUACUGAGGCAUAUGUGGCAGUUACAGACCAUUACAUUACAGACAAUUAUACGAGACUUGAAACUCGUAACUUGAAAACUGUUCUUCUCGGAUGCUGUCAACUUGAAGGAGCGCAUACAUCAGAAAAUCUAGCAAUAGAAAUUCAAACAAUCCUUGACAAUAGGAAAUUUCUUCAGAAGGUAACUUUUGCCAUUAGUGAUAAUGCCAGUAACAUGAAAAAAUCCAUUAAAGAUAUUUUAAAAAUAAAACAUUAUGGAUGUUUUGCACACACUAUUAAUUUAAUAGUAAAUGAUGGCCUCAAAUUGAUUAAGAGUGAGAUCGAUAUAAUAAAGAAAAUUGUUAGCCACUUCCGGAGGAGUGUCACUGCAUGUGAAAAAAUGCAGCAAUAUGGACACACAAAAAUUGAUUUAAGAUGUCGAAACAAGGUGGAACUCCACCUUUUACAUGGUGGAACGAUUUGUCGAGGUUGA